GUCGGGAGGGAUUGUCUGCCUCUCGAUGGCCGAAUUCUGAGGGAGGCGGGGUUUCUGGGUACCGGAGUGGAUGGAAAGGAAAGAAAUAUGCCAUUUUGGAGGGGGCAAAGGAGGAGACCGGAAGUGGGAGCGUAGGGUUGCUAGGUGUAUCUGAUUAGAGAAGAACUGAUUGACAGUCUUGUAAGUCCCAGAGGUGGGAUUUUUGGAGUCAACCUUGGAGGCUGCUCAGAGGGAUGGCUGUCUCUAUCCUAAAGAGAGGAGUCAGGGCAUCUUUAAUGAUUGGCAGGUUUAGCCCCAGGAUUGUUUUGUUUUCUAUGCUGGGGCAGAAUCAUUCAAGGCUCAGUCAGGCAACACCAGAGAAACUGGUGACAUCAAAUGAAGAGGAGGGGAGUAGGUCCGUCCCAACCACAGCUGGCACCCAGUCAGAUGCUGAAAAUCAAAGGGCCGAGCUGUCUGAAGAAAUGGUGGAUGUGGUGUUCGUGGGCAGAUCUGGGCAGCGCAUCCCUGUGAAAGGGAAAGUAGGUGAGAGCGUUCUGCACCUUGCUCAUAGGUACGACAUUGAGCUGGAAGGCGCCUGUGAAUCCUCCCUGGCCUGUUCCACGUGCCACGUCUAUGUGAAUACAGAGUAUUUCGAUAAACUUCCAGAGCCUGAUGAAAGGGAGGAUGAUAUGCUGGACAUGGCUCCAUUGCUUCAGGAGAACUCCAGGCUUGGCUGCCAGAUCAUUCUCACUAAACAACUGAACGGAGCUGAAUUCACACUCCCCAAAAUUACUAGAAACUUUUAUGUAGACGGUCACGUCCCAAAACCCCACUGAGGAGAAUACUGCUGCACACCAAAGAAUGCCAGGAAGAACUGCGAGACAAUCGGACCACUGAGCUUAAAGGAGAAAGAAAGCUAUUGCCAAAAGAUUAGCCACAAGUGCAAGCUAUAACACUAUAUUUAUACUGUAGAAUACUUUAUCAUACCUGAGUAAAAAGCUCUAGAAGCUCUCUGUUUGUUUAGGAUAGCAGCUGCCAUAUUAGCUUGGUGUGACAUCACUUUCUGCCUGAGUCUCUCUCUGCUCACUUAUAGCUCUGGGCUCAGAUUACAGCAGGGAGGGGUGAGGAACAAACUGAGCAUGCUCAAGCCCUAGAGGUUUAAGAUGAAAAAGUCUGAUACAGAAGCCCAUGAGUACACAAUAGAAGGAAAAAAAUGUGGUGUUUCUUCUGACAGAGGACUCAGAGCAGCAUUACUUUGAGGGUUUACUGGUGGAUUUAUAUAGACAUUUCUGAUAAAGUUUACUUAAUUUUAGCCUUUCCUUCUCCUUUAAGUAGCAGUGCAUAUGAACAUUCCUUCAUUACGAAGAGCUGUUCAUGCAGAAGAGAAGUCUAUAUUUUCACGGGGUUUUCUUUUUCAAUGUCUGUAUCGUUGGCCGGGUGGCCUCCAGCAGUCAGUCAGUCUGUGGACAUUCCACAUUAUAAACUGCAGUAGCCGCUGUCUACACAACAUAAAGAAGUUAUUGCUGCAGAGCACAAUGCUCCGUGUAAGUAAUUUGUGUUGGAAAAAAAGCUGCUUUCUUUCCAUUACUUGUAGGAGAGUGUGAUGGAAUGUAUUUAGAUCAAGAACCUUUUAUUGUUGGCUUCUGCCCAAUAGUCCACUGAAUUUUUCUCUAGAUCACAAAUCUUUACGAUGGACGUAUCUGUUACUUUUGGUAGGGAUGACAGUAGUUCUACAGCUUGGACACUGUUUCUGGUUUAUCUGUUUUUCCUAUGGAAAGGGGAGGUGAUUCUUCAAUGUUAUAAGUCAAUAUAAGCAUUUUAAUAUACAAUAAACCAAUAUAAAACUGUUA